AUGCAUCAGAGGCUCCUUAUAUAUAUUCUCUCUACAUCUUUUUUUUGGACAUAUGUGCUGUCGUGUGAUAUCCGUGAGCUCCCAGCAGCUCGACUACCAGGCGAUAUAAUGAUAGGAGGGAUCUUUCCCAUUCACGAAGGGGUUGCUAACUUGUUAAACCAUUCAUAUACUGAUGACUUCAUCUGUACAAGGAUUGGAAUAGAGCGCAUGAUUGAAGCCCUUGCUAUGAUAUACACAAUAGAAAAAAUUAAUAAUUUAACACUUUUACCAGGAAUUACAUUGGGCUAUGAAAUUUAUGACUCUUGCGCUGAUGUCUUGAAAGCCACUCAAGCAACAAUGAGGUUAAUUUCAGAGACUGCUAACAUAAACAGCUCCUGCAGCAACACAGAGAUCAUACCUACUGUCAAAGCUGUUAUUGGAGAAGUAUUUUCAGAAAUGUCUAUCGCUGUUUCCAGAAUUCUCAGCAUCCAUUUUAUUCCCCAGAUAAGUCCUGCAUCAACUGCUUCUGUACUCAGUGACAAAGUAAAAUUUCCUUCCUUUUUGAGGACUGUGCCAAGCGAUACACAUCAAACACAAGCAAUUGCUAAACUGAUCAAAGCGUUUGAUUGGGACUGGGUUGGUAUAAUUUCAAGUGAUGAUGACUAUGGGCAUUCUGCAUUAAGUUUUCUGAACACUUGCUUAAAGGAAGAACACAUUUGUAUAGCAUUUUCCAAAUCUAUACCUUCCUAUGUAGAUCAUCCUUCAUUGCCGAAUUACCUUGAUGACAUACUUAAUGAAAUAAGUACUUGUUCUGCGAAUGUAGUGGUCGUUUUUGCGAAAGGUCCUAUUGUCAGGAAGCUUUUUGAAAAAGCUAUCAGAAGGAAAAUAUUUAGGACCUGGAUUGCUGGUGACAUCUGGAUAAACUCAAGAGAAGUUUCAAGUGUUGAAAACAUUGAAAAAGUUGGCACCAUUUUAGGAUUUAAUGCAAAAGUUGGUCAGAUUCAAGGGUUUACAGAAUACUUGGAAAACUUGCAGCCACCAGAUCAUGGAGUAUCAAAUACAUUCCUUGAAGAGUAUAAAGAUAUCAGAUUUGGAUGUACAGAGGAGUACAGAAAAUAUCUGGAAUGCAUGAAUUCAUCUUCAGUAAACUGUAGUUAUUAUCAUCCUGAAAUGCAAAAAUCUCCUUUAGCAUGCAGUGUGGAUAAUGUAUCUACGGCCAAUGAUGAUUAUUUAGUGAGAAAUGCUGAAUGGAGCACAGUAUACAGUACAGCUUUAGCUGUUACAGCCAUAGCCCAAGCCCUUGAAAAUAUUGUGUGCAAAAAUGUAACAUGUGAAAAGAACCUGGAAGUGUCACCACAUGAGCUACUUACUGAACUAAAGAACAUCACUUUCUACUACAAUGGUGAACCAUUUAAGUUUGAUCAAUCUGGCAACAUUAACAGUGGAUAUGAUCUAAUGCACUGGCAUACAAAGAAUAGUUCUACACAAUACCGCAUCAUUGGAAAAUAUGAUAUUCAAAAUAGUACUAUAGAUAUAAAAAAACAUCUGAUCUUGUGGCACACAGGCGAUAAUAUGGAACCUUUCUCAAAUUGUUCCAAACCAUGUUCCCCUGGUUAUUCCAAGAAACAUUCAUUAAUCAGCUGCUGUUAUGAAUGUGUUUUGUGCACAGAAGGAUACUACACACCUGCAGUUGAUAUGAAUGAAUGUUUGAAAUGUCCUCCCAAUAAAUGGUCAAACAACGGCAGCUCCCAUUGUAAUGAAAGGAAAAUUGAAUAUUUUGACUGGGAAAACACAUUUGCUGUCACUCUUAUGACUUUUGCUUUAUUUGGUUCACUGUUGGUUUUAAUAGCUGCAUUAUUGUUUAUAAAGUAUAAAGACACACCAGCAGUUAGAGCAGCAGGGGGAAAUUAUAGUUAUCUAAUGAUAAUAUCUUUGCUAUUUAGCCUGGCAAGCAUCUGGUUGUUCAUCGGUGAGCCCAGUAAUGCUAUCUGUCAGUUCAGACAACCUCUCUAUGGUAUCAGCUUCACCCUCUGUGUAUCUUGCAUAUUGAUCAAAUCUUUAAGAAUCAUUUUGGCAUUUGAGUUUGCCAACAAAUUGGUAAACAUAACUAAAUUAACUUACAAACCAAUAGUCAUUAUCACUGUACUAAGUGGUUUACAAAUUUGUAAUUGUAUACUAUGGCUAGCACUAAAAAGACCUUUCUAUAAACAGAUGUACACAAUACCUCAUCUAAUUGUUCUCCAGUGUGACGAAGGGUCCUAUAUCCCUUUUGGUAUAAUGUUGGGGUACAUUGCAUGUCUUGCAUUGACUUGUUUUAUUUUAGCCUAUAAAGGUAGGAAAUUACCAGAGAAAUAUAAUGAAGCCAGAAGUAUUGCAUUCAGCAUGUUCAUUUAUAUGUUUGUAUGGAUAAUCUUCAUCCCAGUGUAUAUGAAUACCAGUGGCAUGUACCUUUCAGCUGUGCAAAUCGUAGCCAUAUUGGCUUCAGUGUAUGGAGUUAUAUCCUGUCACCUUUUACCAGCAUGUUACAUUAUAUUGUUCAAAAGAAAAAGUAAUACUCGAGAACACUAUCUGGAGAGUAUCAGGAAAUUUUGCAUUCAUCAUGGACCAGAACUAAUUCAUUCACCAAAGUCAAGGCACAUGUCAGCUAAAGAAGACAUCAAUAUUGAUCAUGAGGUGGUUGAACAAAAUGAUGACCUGUCCCAAGCUGGCAUUCUGUAG